UGUUCAGUCCUGGCAAGUAUUUCCACCUUCCCUCACAGUAUUGUGCUGUGCUGAUAGCGAGUUCCCGUCGUCUGCCAUGCCAACCACCGAAACCAAUUGCCUGAGGGUAUUACACAGGAGAUCUUCUCGAAUCCGACGUGAGCAAUUUGUACCAGUUGUGCUGUAGCACUUGAACCGUUAACAUGUUACGAAUUUUGAGGUGCCGUGAUAACUCAUCCCUUCGGAUGUUUUCCCGAGCUAAACAUACGGGCACAGUGAUAGCGAUUCGUCGCGAAGAUCAAUCAGUAUGGGAGCGACGAGCCUCCUUCAGUCCAGCUGGCGUAAAGAAGCUCAUCAAGCAGGGCGUUAAGGUGAUAGUUCAACCGUCCAAUCGACGAGCCUACCCAAUGCAGACUUGCGGGGGACCUGCGUCUGCUGAUAAGUGUUUUGGCCAAUUGUAUCAGUUCAAGUACAGCAUUAUUAUGGAGCGAUAA